AUGUCGCUCCCCGCAAAGCGUCGUCGCGUCAUUCUUCCCGCACCGGGCGCCAAACCUUCUGGAUCUCUCCCGCCCGCCUCUUCGUCCCUGGCAGCAGCAGCAGCAUCUCAGCAGCCCUCGGCCUCAGGGCGCGGAUCGACCGGUGGAAGCGGGAGCAGCGAGGAGUCCUUAUUGGGGAAUGAUCCGGGUCGCGACCUUCAGUCUAGGAGCCAGAGCAUCGACUCUUUCUCGGCCGAUGCCAAGAAGCCGAGCGCCGCUUCCAAACGACAGGUCAUUGCAGUUGCUUGCGACAAUUGCCGCCGGAGAAAGGCAAAGUGCGACGGCCAUCGCCCCAAAUGCCAGCAUUGCUCUAAAAGGGGCGUCGAGUGCCAUUAUGAGGCCAACCAGGGCGAGACUGUAAGUCUCGCGCUCAAACGCAAGGCCAACGACCUGGAAACCGAAAAUGUCCAGUACAGAGACCUUUUCCGCAUGGUCUGCACCAAAUCAGAGGAUGAGGCAAAGGAGAUUUUCCGCCGCAUACGCCAGUCCGGCGACCCCCUCAGAGUACUCGAAUCCAUUCGCCAGGCAGAGAUUCUGCUCCCCUCGCUCCCCGUAAAUGACCGCAUCAGCGAUUCGCGAUUAGUGAAACUCAACGAAAAGGCCAUGGAAAACAGUGUCCUCCGCGUGCCGGCAAAACCCUGGACAACUGUUGCCGAUGACGGUAUUGUUUCCGAGUUAAUCACCGACUUUUUCAGCUGGGACAAUGCUGGUUGCUUUCCGGCCGUUGAACAGAACUUGUUUCUCGAGGACAUGAGGUCUGGCGAUAUCAAGCGCGCCAAGUGGUGCUCCCCUAUCUUGGUCAACGCAAUGUGUGCAGUCCGAGCUCCCUUCGUUGCAACCGUCAAACAAUUCCACUCCAUUACUGGCCAAGACCUGGCCAGGCAGUUUCGGGAAGAAGUCAUGCAGCUGGUGGAAAAGAGCCACGGCCGAGCGUCCAUCCCGACCAUCCUCGCCCUCGUCCUCGUGGAUUGGUCGGCGAGUAUUGCAGGCGACGAGGCCAGUGCGAAAAUGUACCGCUUCAUGGCAUGGGAACGCUAUAAGCGCUUCAAACCGGAGCGACGGUUCGCUAUGCUGAACAAGGAUGACCCUAACGAUGCCAUUGAAAUGCUCUGCAUUUCCAAAGCGAAGCCCUUGCAACAAGCUGACCCUAGACUUGGUAGCCGCGUGUCAUAUUUUUACCACUCAGCAGCAGAUAUGCCGCCCCCCUCAAUACCCAGAUUAUUCGACAACUGCGGGCGAGAUGCAGUCGAGCCUCUGGGCAACGUCGACAUUCUCGGUCGACCCUAUUUAGAAUCUACAAACCAAAUACCACUCGUCCCUGGAAUGGCAACAGUUGUGUCCAACCUCGCCUGCUUACAGUACGACAUCAUGUCGUACCUCACGUCCGGUAGCACCAUCAAGGGCAGCAUCGAAGACGUGAGGCGGAAAAAGCACUGGUACUGCAGAUUGCAGGAGUUCAGACUGGCUUUGCCCAAACGUUUUCAGAUCGAAUACAACUUGACCCCAGCAACCUGCUUCCUGAGGAUGCAUGAGAACGAGAUAGCCUAUGCCGUCCUCCAGUCUCUCAGCCCAUCGACCAUUUUUGACACUCCCUACACCACACCCUCAACCACUGUGAAAUCCCUUUGCCUCCAGCACUGCAUAUCCGACACGACCCUCGCUGAGGCGUACCUACAACGCUACUGCACCCACUCGUACAUCACCCGCCUCGUAUUCGUGGCGAUGCAGAACCUCAUGCCCUAUCUCAAUGACACUCACGCUGCCACCAACGACCUCUUCACCCGUCUCUGCAUGAUGGGCGGUCUCUCAGCACGCGUCGUCCGCAUGUCAAUGUACCUCCUGCAAGCGGUGCAGGCCAUGGCCUGGGCGAUGAAGCAGGACAUCCCGGCUGCCGCGCGGCCGUACCUCGAUCCCUGGGUAAAGCUGGCGAUUGAGGACAGUGAGACAAAGGCACCGAGCUACGCGGUCCCGGAUCGCGAGGAGAUCAAGGCACUCUUGGCAGACGAGGACCAGAGUGACGGAGGUUCCGGCGAGAGCGGUGCCGAGCUGUGGGCUUUGGUGGAGAGGUGGGCUCUUAGCACUGGCAAAGGUCUCUAA